AUGUCAAGCCUUGCAUUCGUUCCUGCUAGUUUAAGCAACUGCGUGCAAUUGGAAGCCGUGAUGAAGAAGAGGGUGCGUCGUGCACACAAGGUCACUGCCCUUGCCCAUGGAAGUGGGGGACGUUUCGUAGGGGCUGUCGAAUCCUCGCACAUUCUGUCCUACACCAAUGCUGUAGUGCAGGCGGUCGCUGGUCGCGAUGGUUUCAUGGAAUGCGGUGAAUUCAGAGCUCCACGAGGAGCGACGGAAGUGGACAACCUGUUCACUCAUGAUGUGGUGCCCCCCAAUGCUGGCGUCCAUGUGUUUCGAGACACUCCGUGCAUCGAUGAAGCUCGAGACUCGCUUCAGAGGAAGGAAGCUGUCCGUAUUGUGCAGACUCGGGACAAUUUGAGACUCAACGAUGAAGACGGAGAGGUGAGGCGGAUACUCGCAACUGAAGAUUUGCACAGGAGGAAUACCCAACUCUGUUGCUCAGUAGACCUUGUAAGCUCUUUCGAGACGGAGCUGAUGUCUUCAGCCAACGGGGUCGACCUCGUUCAAGGAGCAUCACCCUCGGGUGUUCAUAACGUGGACGAGCAGCCUCUUUGCUCAUCAGAGAUUAUGCCGGGUGUUCAACGAAACCUGCAAGCAUCCAAAGGGGGUCCACAAAGCGGAGUAGCUGGUCCACAAACUCUUGAAAUCAUUCAGGACCGAGGAAGAUCACCGUCUACCGACUCGGUUCCCUUAACAGAACUGUUUGCAAGUCGCACUUCCGGAGCCAUGUUCAGAAACGAUGAGACAAAGUGCCCACCACGGAGGGCGACUGGUGCAAAUCCAGUGUGUUGCGACCGAUCCGUGCUCACUGCGGAUCAGAGAACGAUCGCCCCUACUUCUCAUCAACUUGCACAGCCUUGUGAGUCUGCGGCUAUGCAAGUGCAACUGGAUGCGAAGGAGAAGCCAAGGAAGAGGAGGUACAAGCCCAAAAUAUUAUCCGAGACACCGAAGGUGAGCCUCGCGAAGAAGCUGAGAGUGGAGGAGGGUCUCAAUAUUAGUCCUACUGUUCCGAUCAAUUUCGACACAAUUUCCCCGACUGUGUUGCGGAUGAAAAACUUGGCUAGACUUAAAUGGGCCGAAGGAACAAACAAAAGGGCUUAUGUAAAACGGAAAUUCAUGAAACAAGGGAAGUUAACCAAAGCCGCUAGUAACACAUGUGUAAAAGAGCGUGAAGAAAUGCUUGUAGAAGCAACGGAGUUGAAGAAGACAAAAGCAAUGAAUUCAUCGCAGACUUUUGUACUCUCGGCAAAUUUUUUGCAAUACACAGAUCAUCUUGUAGUAGAAGAAAUAGCCGAUGCGGUGAUGGUGGAGCACAACCCUGGUGAAGACAAGGAACAAAAGCAUUUGGAUUCUGAGGAGGUAUUGUCAUCAACUCAGACAAAGGAGUUUUCGGAUUUUCAUCAGAAGUCUCCAUUUGCUGAGAAUCCAAUUGAGAUUCAUGAAACGCCCUCGUGGCCGUUAGCUGCUGCUAGUCAAGAAAACUUCAAUUGCGGCUCGUUCCAGUUAGCACCCCCGCCGUCAGACCAGGGGAGUAAUUUUAUGCCAGAUAUGCUUGUGCAAGCAUUUCUAAGAAUUCCUGGCAAUGUAAUAAGUAGAACCGAGAUACAAAAUGUUUUGAAUCCUGUCGACCAUGACUGUGCUACCAACGCAGAGGAGGUUUUCGAAGUAUGCAACAUGAAUCACUGUUCAACAGAGGAUCUCCCAUCCACACCCCGCGGAGCAUUUCCAUUCGUUUCUGUUGGUCAGAAUCUCUCUUUCAUUAUGCCUCCAUCUUCGCCACUGUUACCACAAGCUUCCGAUUGGAAUAUGUUGUACAGCAAUGAAGAAUAUGAAUCAAGCAAUUCAGCCACUACCACUAGGCGUGCUCUCAACUUUGACACACGCACGAAGGAAUUGCAAGUUGGAAGCUCCGACUUUGUCAAGUGCUACGAUGCCGACGGCAGGAAAGGAGGAAAUGUUUUGAUCGAGGGCAUGCAGGAGAGCAUUUCAAGAGAAGAAUCGCCGCAGCAUGCUGCGUAUGAUACCACUAGCUGUGAAUUGCAGAUCACAGACACAGACUCUGUUACCGCUAACUAUGCCCCCUUCGUGAAUGUGUCGUUGGCUAAGGAUUUGAGUGAUCUGCGUGAACUCUGUUCUGGAGUGACAGUUUCGCUGCCCGUGAAUACAUACGAACAAAGGCUUGAGGAAGAGCUUCAGAUAGUGGCUUACGACGAGGGAUCGAAGAAAAUGGUCGUUUACAAGGAUCUGCCUCAGCGGAAACGGAGACUUCGUUACAAGCCGAAGGUUGACUUGGACCUCAACACUGUGAAGAUGUUCAAAACUCUAACAAUGAAAGGCUCCAGUCAUGAGGAAUCAGAACGGAAUAAAGCUUCCUGGGAAGAGUGUAGGCAGCAAUGGCAAAAUCGAGCUCAUCAGUUUAUUUCCAUCAUGCGCCAAGUUCAAGGAAAUCGAGCUUUCUCAAGGUGGAAGGGCUCUGUCAUGGAUUCUGUGGGUGGAGCGUUCCUCACACAGAAUGUUUCCGACUUUUUGUCCAGUAAUGCUUUCAUGGCCUUGCGAGCACGAUUCCCAGCACGCCCAGGAACUGCAGAUGAAGAAACCCACACUCCACUGGCAGAGGCCCCACCUCUGGUCGAGCAAGCUAAAUUCACUCCUCUUCUCCAGAGGCCUUCAAGAUCUGAACUCAAAAACCAUCAAUCGGGGAAUCAAAACCAGGGGGACUCAUCGGUGAGGGGGGCAGCACUGCUCUCUCACGGUGUCAACAAGAACAUUUGUGUUGACGAAGUGCUUCCGGAACUUGUUGAGAUGUUGAGCCUGAGAUUGAAAGAGUGUCACAUUGACCACAAGGAUCAUGCUCUGCAGGAAGUGCUUACCUCCAUUCCUGGCUGCGAUCAGAUAGAAGUCAGCGCAUUGCAUGUCAACAAUGCGGAAAAGGUCGUGGUACUGCGCAGCACUCGAAGCGACUGGAACGAAUCGGAAGUUGAAUUGUUUGAAAUCCUGGACAUGCAGGCUUCUGAAACAACCACACACCGAUGUGCAUCGCCACAUUCAAGAGCAGGGUUUAGUUCACAUGAAAAGGAUAGCAAAUCUUACAAGCAGUUGAAGCAUAAGCCAUCGCAGUUAACUUUAGUUGAAAAGAAUCGAGUAUGCUCGGAGGUGAAGGAAAGCUCUUUGGAGGAGGUUGCAAAUCCUGUCAUGGAAACGGAUAUACAUCAAAAAAAUUAUGUUAAUGACGCAGAGUUUGAUAAGUGUUCGGCAGUGGAGAAUCAUCGUGAGGCAGAACAGAUUCCGUCGGCUUCACAAUGGAAUGGGAAAAAUGCUGUCAUCCAGGAGAAAUUCGCAAAUGUCUUGCAGGAAAAUGUGACAAAUUUAUCGUUACUUGGGAAAGAGAAGAUCCUCGCAGCGACGCUGCGUCUGGUACUUGGAAAGCACCAAACCGCGACAGAGAGGAACAAAGUUGCCGCAAAGGCCUUCAAGAACACAAAGCUCCGACCUGGGAGAAAUGCUUUGCGGAAGAGGACUGACAACUACAGAUACAGGCAAACUGUGUCAUUUAGGUUGCUAAGGGGUGAGGCAAGAGCGAACUGGGAAGCUGGUUUUGUGAUGAAGUCACAGAAGGAUAAAUGGGAGCCUCUGCGAGCCCGAAUUGUAGCAGAACAAACUUACUCCCGAGACACCUUAACUGAAGAUUGUGUAGAUUGGAAUGCGGUGCAACAGGCAUCGGUUCACGAAGUUGCAGAUGUGAUCAAGAACCGGGGCCAACAUAAUGCUCUUGCAGGGAGGUUGAAGGCAUUUCUAGAUCGGGUGCACCGUGAUCAGAACGGUGUCAUUGAUCUAGAGUGGAUCCGGAAGCUCCCACCCGAGGAUGCCAAAGCGUUUCUGCUAAGCUUUCGCGGCGUUGGACUCAAGAGCGUUGAAUGCAUCCGCCUGCUGUGCCUGCAUCACCCUUCUUUUCCUGUUGACACAAACGUUGGGCGGAUUGCUGUGCGCUUGGGUUGGGUUCCACUGGAGCCUUUACCUGAAGAAACCCAGUUGCAUUUAUUGGAAUUGUAUCCCAUUCAAUCACACAUUCAGCAAUAUAUGUGGCCGCGGCUCUGUACUUUCGACCAGCAAACACUAUAUGAGCUUCAUUACCACAUGAUCACCUUCGGGAAGGUAUUUUGUACAAAAAGUAAGCCGAACUGCAAUGCAUGUCCUUUGCGCAGCGAAUGCAAACACUACGCUAGCUCAUAUGCUAGUGCGAAGUUACUCCUCAAGUGGCCUGAAAAGCCUCAAAAUAAGCAAUCAACAGUGUUUGCAUUGCCUGAGCAUCAUCCGGCUCCGCAGGCAGAGUCAGUAAUAUCAGAUAGUCGUUUAACCGAAGUUCAAAGUGUUGCUUGUUUACCAAUUAUAGAAGAGCCUUGUUCGCCGGAGCCAUGCAUUGAUAAUAUCCCUGACAUUGAAGAGAAUCCUUUCCGAAUUGAUAACAAUGAAAGCAAUAGUCCUGUUCAGACUGGAACAGGUCAACCUUCAAUGUUUUCAGUGAUCAUUGGGGAGCUACGUUCAAUUCUAGAUGUAACAGAAACCACACUAGAUUUAAUCACUGGUCCAGUACCGGAUGAUUUUGAUGAGUUGUCUGCAACAAAGAUGAGGAUAUCUGCAUUUAAUUCAGUUAUUGAGGUUGAUGAAAAUGAAGAGGCUGUUAAGAAUAUACAAGUAACUAUUGAGAAAAACAUAGAGUUGCACGAAACCAUGGUGGCCAAUAUGGAUAUUACAGAAGAGGCUCCUGCGAAUAGUCUAGUGAUUGACAAGGACAAUCAGGAAGAUGUUGCGUCACCAGUGCUGACAGAAGACUUCAAUCACCUUCCAUCACAGGAGCUGAUAUUGCUUCCUCCGUGCGCCGACUUGGCACCGGCUCCAAAAUUGAAGAACGUCCAGCGUCUGCGAACUGUGCACUAUGUGUACGAAUUGCCUGAUAACCACCCGCUUCUUUUCGCGAUGGACGAAAGGGAACCUGAUGAUCCGUGUUUCUACCUCCUGGCCAUAUGGAGUCCAGGCAAGCUCCUUCAGUUUUCCAUCAAAAUUGACAACCUUUCUAAUCGCUUUGAGAUCUAUCUAUGUGUUUUAAGUGUCUCAAGCAUUGCACCUAUGCUUUCCAAAUUAAGCAUGUCUGUUCUACUUGGAAGCCCUGAGGCAUCAGCUGGUCAUCGUUCCUCAAUCGAAGAAUAUCAAACGAAGUUACAUUCUGUGACGAUUGUAGAUGAAGUACCUGCAACCAUGCCCAAGUUCGAUGAUGACGAUGCCAGAAAUCCAUUUGCUUCAUGUGACGACAACCACCUAGAACGGACCGUCCGAGGAACACUCCUAAUUCCAUGUAAGACAGCCAUGAGAGGAUGGUUUCCAUUGAACGGGACAUACUUCCAAGUUAAUGAGGUAUUUGCGGAUCAUACAAGCAGUUUACAACCAAUUUCUGUUCCCCGGACACUUCUCUGGUCACUCCGGCGUCGCUUUGUAUAUUUCAGCACAGCUGUGAGUAAUCUUUUCAAAGACAUGUCCCUGGAGGAAAUACGGUGCUGCUUCCAGAAAGGUUAUGUUUGUUUGCGCGCAUUUGAUCUGGCAACAAGGCAACCCAAGAUACUAGCCCAUCGACUCCAUCAGUCCGGAGCAAAAAUUGUUAAGGCACCGGUUCCCCGUAAAGGCAAAGGCAUAGGCAGAUCACGAAAUAAUGCGAUGAAGGGUAAAAAAUAAAGCCAUGUCCACGCAAUUAAGCUUUGCUGCAGGACCAGAUCUAAGGGAGACAGAGUCAGUUGUGGCUCACACACACCACUGAUUCAAUUUACCCUGUACACUCUAGCUGUGGACAUGAGUUCACAAUGCUAUUUUAACUCGUUCAACUUGAAAACGUUGCGGAAAUUCAUGAGGCUACAUUCCGAAUAGCUACUCUUUUCUGUUGCUCUGGAGUUUGUAGGGGUCGUUGGUGAACCAGACCUCCACUUUGUUUGGCAUAAAUCAAUGGACUAUCUUGGUGUAUAGAAAAACUGCUAUAACCUAAGUUUCCUUUUUCAGGGUUUGAGAAUGAUAUUUAUGAACACAAUAUGCACUUUUAAAAAGUGAAGAUGAAGAUUUCUCUUUA